AUGAACAACCCUGCUACCACCGCCCUUUUCACUCCCAACCCCAUGCGGCCCGAUCAUGAUCAAUGGGGUACCACACCGCAGUCUCCGAACAACCCCUCUACCACUGCCUCCAAAGCAGCCGCCGUUGGCAUCAUCAAGCCCUCGGCCUCGUUGGAUAAAUCCACCCCGAUAGAGUCCCUUCCUUUCGCCGGCCGCGGGAGACAACUCAGCGUCCCCGAGCAGGUGUGCCUCGUCAAUUUGUGCGCGGCGUCCAUGAGCGAUGAUGAUGCUCACAACCAUCCGAAAUCCUUCUGGAUCAAGAUCUCCAACAAACUUGAAUUGCAAACUGGCCGUCGCUAUUCCUGGCAGUCAUGCCGGCGCCGUAUUCAGACCUACAUUUCGAAACGAAAGGCCCACUGGGAGGCGUAUGCGAACGGUGAUCCGUAUCCGGGUGUAGACAUUGAUACUGAAGUCUGGGACCUACUGACUUCAUGGUUGGUUAAAUACAACACACCUCGGGAUGUGACAGCCAAAGCCCCGCUGGGGGCGUCUGUUGCACUACCCACCAGAGUAGAACCUCAACCCCCUCAGGUCCCGGAGCCAGUCCGGAUGGUGCCCGAGCAGGGGUUGGUACAGAUCUCGACGAAAAUCGAGCGGGUUCUGGUCUGGUUGAAGAGUCUCCCGCCGUUGGAGGAUAUGGAAGCCAUGAGAACAUGGACGGGGUAUGUCGAUCCCCUGGCGGACUGGAUGUCUCGCUCCAAAGUCCGGCGGGAGCGUCGAUUGGUUUUCCAGAAAACCAAAAAUGGCGAAGAGCAGCCUGAGUUUGGUGCUGAUGGCUUGACGGACCCGGCUUUGGCCUAUCUGCCCCAACCUCAUCAGCCCUCUCUUGCACUGCACGAUCCCUUACAAGGGACCAAACGGCCUCGCGAGCUAGACGAUUCCUUCGCUGAGCGUCCUGCCCAGCGUAUCCGUGUAGACCCUGUGAGCCAUCCUUCCGGCAGUCCUUAUGCCGAGGAACACGCCGACAACGCCCACCUGAAAAGGAAGCUUGUCGAGUCUUACUUUGAAAGCACCUUCGGCAAACUGAUUGACCGGCUAUCUGCUCGAUUCCGGGCCCAGGGUGCCAAACAGCAGGACGCCCCUGGGAGCUGCGAGGCCAUAAUGCGCGAUCUUUUCAAAGAUGUCGGAGUGGCGGUUGCAAAGGCGUUAGUCCGAAUGGAUGAACCUGCAGUUCAAGAUCAGUUACCGAACUGA